CUCACAGCGCUGCGUCGGCGCGGCAUUGGGAGCGUUCCUGUGGCUGGCGUUGCUGAGCGGCGUGUGCAGCGGCUACCGGGAUUCCUCGUCGUGGCAGGCAAUGGCGCCCGGCGCAGUGCCGGCCGAGCACAAGAUGGCCAGGGCGUUCGUCGUGCACCUCCCCAUCCACACGACGCAGCUGGAGCCCGUCGAAGACCAGCGGCAGCCAGCCACCAUCGCAGCGCCCCCGGGAGGUCAGGCCAGCUUCGAGACUCACGGACAGCACCAGGUUGGUCGCGAGCAGUUCCAGAUGUCCGAAGCAGAAGAGCUGAAGAAGUUGGUGAUACUUCUUCGGAUUCCCCAGGAGCAGCCGACGGCGCUUCCCCAACCUUCGCUGCCACCACCCGAAGUGAAACGACAGCCCGAGUCCGACAAGCCAGCCUACGACGUCCAGGUCGACAACAAGUUGCCCAUAAUCCUGAUAGCGCUCGACAAGCCGCUCGCCUCCCACGCCAAAGUGCAAUCGGUGUCCGCUUGGAAGGAGCCGCUGCCUAGGCCGGCUUCGUCCAAGGAAGACCGAAGCAGCGGCAACAGCAAGGAGUGGAAGCCCAUCAUCUACCCCAGGAGACAGAGGCAAUAUACCACGCCCGCACCGCAGCGCGAGUGGUCCCGCUGGAACAAGAACCUGGACCGAAGGACGUUGUGGACCAAGGAACAGCGGCAGUCGUCAUGGAAACCUGCCGCACCUUCGAGAGACAGCGUGCAACCCACGGCACCCGCUAAAGAGCAGCACAACGAUGGUGGCUCCAACGAAGCCAAGCUACUGCUGCUCCUCGUUCACGAGAAUAGCGCCGCCGGUGGAGACAGUGGCAAGACCUGGGAGCCAGCCACAGUUCAGCAGAACCUGAACGAGCCGACAUCAUCACCUUGGCGGCAGAGCAACAAGCUCUCUCAACCUCACCUGCAGCAGAUCACGAUAGACGCGAAGAGCUGGCGCUCCGCCAGACCUUCGCAUGGUUGGGCACAGUCACAGCAGAGGAGCUGGCAGCAGCAGCAGCAACAGCAGCAGGAACAUCAGCAGCAGCAGCAGCCGCAACCCUUUAGGCCUCGUCCGGUGGUCUGGCAUUCGGGAGUACCUAACAGUUCGCCCCGCAGUUCCCCUUACAACACCUACGUGCAAAAAAGGAACUAUGACCAGUACGCCGCCGUUCACCGGUACUGAGCAUGCGCGCGGCUAGCGGCGUGCCAAGAAGGAUUUGUUCCUAUCGAUCGCAGCACACAAAUCUAUGUCGUUAUCGUUAAGCAGGGGCCUACCUACACAGCUGUUCUACAGACCCCGCGGUAUUAACGCGAGACACCAAAUGAUAGGCCGGUCGCAUUGCGCGGAUGGCGCCAUUUCGAGCGCGCUUCGGUAUUCGAAAUAGCGCGCGGACGACUUGCACGCGAUGAUGACCAGUUGCGGUGCAAGUCCUUUUGUACAUACCGAAAUCAUCUAUCUGGCGGUGCCGGAUUCACCGCACGUGGUUACCUGAACGUGUAUACUAGCCAGCAUCUCUUGUCGCGUAUACACUUCAUGGCGCGCGAGACAUUUCCCGUUCUCGCGUAAAGAAUUUUCAUGUCUUUUGUAAAUGAGUGUUUCACUGCAAUAUCCAGCAUGUUGUCAUUUCAAUAAAUACAACGAGAA